UAAUGACUUGACGCGAAAAACACAAUUGUCAUUCCGGCUCGUUUAGCAAAGACAUUCAAGGGAGCUAAAAUUUUUGCAAACAAUUGUUUUAUUUAGGAAUAUCUUCUUUCAAAACUAAAUUAACAAAAAAUGGAAACUAUUCUGGGUAUUCGCGGUCCUGAUUUUGUUAUGCUAGCCGCUGACACAACACAGGCACGAUCCAUCAUCGUGAUGAAAGAAGAUGAAAAUAAAAUAACAAAAAUUGCUGACAAUUUAAUGUUUGCUACUAUUGGCGAGUCGGGUGAUACAGUCCAGUUUACAGAGUUUAUUUCCAAAAAUAUUGCCCUAUACAAAAUGUGUAAUGGCUAUGAUUUGAGUCCUAAAUGUGCUGCCCAUUUUACACGUAAAAAUUUGGCUGAUUAUUUACGUUCCCGUACGCCAUAUCAAGUGAACUUGUUUGUUGCGGGAUACGACCCUAAGGAAGGACCAGAAUUGCAUUACAUUGACUAUUUGGCCAAUGCCAAGUCGGUUAAAUAUGCCGGCCAGGGUUAUGGUGGCAUGUUCUGUGCCAGUAUCUUUGAUCGAUACCACUAUGACAAUAUAACCCAAGAGGAGGCCUAUGAUGUUUUGAAAAAAUGUGUUGUGGAAAUUCAAAAACGUUUGGUCAUAAAUUUGCCCAAAUUUAAUGUGGCCGUGGUGGAUAAAAAUGGUAUCAAGGAUUUGCCUCAAAUCACCUCACAAAACCUUAUUGGUUAUAAAGCUUAGUUUUUCUAUUUAAGUGCAUUCGAAAUGCUGUUUUAAUCGGUUUAGAAUUUGUGGUAAAUUCUUAUUUUGUACAAAAGGAAAUUGAAAUUACAAAAAGAAAUAAACAAUUUA